AUGCAAGGUCUUGCCAUUUCACCUCCCGCGGCUACGCAAGCGGUAGCGCCUCCCCCUCCUCCUACCGCCAGCCCAUUUGCAGCGCCUCCAGCAUAUCCUCAAUCGACUACAAAGUCAGAGUUCGACUCGGAAGGAAUCGAAUUUCUUCGUCCUCUGGGAGACAAGGGGGACUUGAAGCAGAACGACUGGCUCAACGAAAGAGCCGCUUACCCCAUCGACGGCAAGACGCCCCCUCCGGCUUCUCCAGUCAGUACCUACGCGAGCCACUCGAGAACGCCGUCGAACCCUAGGAUCAGCUAUGUUCCGCCCGGACCUCCUCCUCCGGUGCCUGUACCAGCUCCUUCUCAGCAGAUGUGGGCGCCGCCGCCGCACGAUCCCGAGUAUGGUCGACAGCCUUAUCAGGAGCCCGAGCUCGAGCCCAAACGUUUCGUGCCUGCGUUCAUUUACCGCCGGCACGGGUCUCAAGGUCAGCCCGGUCAACCGGGGCGUUUGUCCAAGGGCUUGAAAAUAUUCAUCCAAAUCUUCCUCAUAUUCAUACUCAUUGGCAUGGCGUUUGGCGCGGGCUUCCAGUCCGGCAGACAAGUUUCGUGCGGAGGAGCUUACUACUCGGAUAAUGCUACAAUGAGCGAAAUAUCCCGGCUCGAGAGGCAUGACGACUCGCUUGACUCUUUGUCCCGUUUUGAUGACGCGCACGAUGAGGACGAUCUCGACGGUGUGGUGGCGGGAGCGAACAGGAUGUUGACUGGGUAAAGGUGAUCUGUAGCUCUUAGGGGGCGGACUGUGUGCUAUUUCCCGUAGUUCCGAC